AUGCGGGCGACGGUCGCCGAGGCGCGGAGGGGUGAGGCCAUCGCGGCAGGGCGGGGCAAUGGGCAGGAACAGGGCGCGGGCGCCGGAGCGCCGGAGGUGGCCGCGGGCACGGCCGCGUCGCUGGUGCAAGGGGUGGGGGGCAGAAGCGGGGCGCCGCGGGCGGCUGCGGGUGCGCAUCACAGGCGCAUGCAGGGGGUGCUCGGCGCGGCCCCGAGCGGUGUGAAGGGGAGGAAGCGAGAUGCGUGCGAGCGGAGCUCUAGCGAGGGGGUCGAGGAGGGGGACGGCGAGGCGACGUUCCAGGCGGUGGCGUCGGUUCCUGUGGCGACGGCGACGGCACGCUCCCGCUCCAGACCGAGAGGAGGGGGCGCCGAGGCUUCCUGGCGGCCGGCGGGGAAGAGGACGAGGACGCGAGGUCUGGCGGGGAGGCGGUCGAGGUCCGGCGAAGGGCAGCACCGGCGAUGGGGCGCGGGGGAGGGGGUCGACGCGGGCGUCGAGGCGAUGGGGGCGUCCGGCGACGGGGUCGGGGCGCAGGCGUCGUGA